AUGGAGGACCUUGUGAGCCAUGCACCGAGCUUCGGAUUGAUCCUGAGGGCUACAGAGGUUCACUGGAGCCUGAUGCUGGAUGACCGAGCCCCUAUGGAGGCUCGGUACGCAGAGGAGGGCCCAGGACCCAGGAUGUUCACAACAGAGCCGGGAGACCAGCAGCAACCCACCUCCCGGGCUGGGCGCCGGUGCUCCGUGCGGUGUGGCUGUGCAGUGCUGGGAGUCCUGGGGCUGCUGGCAGUGGGCAUCAGCUCAUGGCUUCUAGCGCUGUAUCUGUGGCCGGUCACCUCUCAGCCUGUUUCUGGGACCUUGCAGGAUGAGGAGAUGACGCUGAGCUGCUCAGUCAGCAGUGAGGAAGUUCUGCGCCCCUCACUUCCCCAAACAGUAUCUUUCAGAAUAAAUGUUGAGGACUUCUUGCUGGAAGGACAGGUGAGGACCCGGCCAGACUGGCUCCUGGUCUGCCACGAGGGCUGGGGCCCUGCCCUGGGGGUGUGGAUCUGCUGCAGCCUCGGGCAUCUCAGACUCACUCACCAAAAGGGUGUGAACCUGUCUGACCUCAAGCUCAGCAGCUCCUAGGAGUUCGCCCAGCUCUCUCCUGGCCUGGGAGGCCUCCAUGAGGAGGUGUGGCAGCCCAGGGACAACUGCACUUCUGGCCAAAUUGUUUCCCUCAGAUGCACUGAUGAGUCAUAGUAUGGGACAAGACCCCUGGCUUCCCGGAUAGUAGGUGGGCAGGCAGUGGCUCCUGGGUGCUGGCCCUGGCAGGCCAGUGUGACACUGGGCUCCCGGCACACAUGUGGGGGCUCUCUGUUGGCACCACGCUGGGUGGUGACUGCUGCACACUGCAUGCACAGUUUCAGCCUGGCCCGCCUGUCCAGCUGGUGGGUUCACGUGGGGCUGGUCAGCCACAGCGCUGUCAGGCCACACCAGGGGGCUGUGGGGGACAGGAUUAACCUCUACCCCUUCUACAGCGCCCAGAGUCAUGACUACGACAUCGCCCUCCUGCAGCUCCAAACUCCACUCAACUCCUCAGACACCAUGGGUGCUGUGUGCCUGCCUGCCAAGCAGCAAUACUUUCUGAGGGGCUUGCAGUGCUGGGUGUCUGGCUGGGGCCACACAACCCCAGCCACAGUGACCCACAGCUCAGACAUGCUCCAGGACACAGUGGUGCCCCUGCUCAGCACCCAGCUUUGCAACAGCUCUUGCAUGUACAGCGGGGCCCUUACCCCCCGCAUGUUGUGUGCUGGCUACCUGGACGGAAGGGCUGAUACAUACCAGUGUGGCCCGUGGGGGAGGUCGGGGUUGGGAGCCUGCAGUGGGGAUAGCGGGAGCCCUUUGGUGUGCCCAGAUGGGGGCACAUGGCACCUGGUGGGGGUGGUCAGUUGGGGUCGUGGCUGCACAGAGCCCAAUCACUCAGGCGUCUAUGCCAAGGUGGCUGAGUUCCUGGACUGGAUCCACGACACUGCACAGUCCAGCUUUCAGGACAGGGAAGAGCAGCACGUGGCUUGGACUAGCUCCAUGAAUGCAGGGGUGGAAGUAGGGGCAGACACUGAGACCUCUCCUGCUACUCCAGCCUACCCACAGGAGAGCCCUCCUUCACCUGCUCAGUGUCCUGCCUCCCUUCCUAUCAGACACGCCAGAGUGAACUCGCUGGGUUUGCCCCACUCGCAGGACUCUGCUUCCUCCUAA